GAUCAUGUGUUCUCUUGGAGUAUUAGUGAGUUUUAGUGAGUGACUGGAAGUGAGAAGAAGAAUGGCAUCAACUUCUGGUACUAAAGAAACAGACGAAGCUUCUUCGUCUUCUUCCACUUCUGGUACUAAAGAUUUGAUAGAUCAUGUGUUCUCUUGGAGUAUUGAAGAUAUACUCAAUGAUGAUCUCUACAGACACAAGGUGGAAAGGAUACCUAAGCGUUUUGAGUCCAUACAACAUUAUCUUGGCUCUUAUACUAUGCCGUUGGUGGAAGAAACUCGCAUGGAGAUAUGUUCGCAAAUGGAGUUUAUGUCAGGUGUACCUCACGCUGAAGUAAUCUCAGUAGAGGAGUCGAAGCUGGAUGGGGGGUCAAUAUUGUAUUAUAUCAAGAUCGACUCCUGGAGAAACCGUUAUGGUGUAUAUGGCAAAGAACCGUAUAGUCCAAAUCCUUCGGAUCUGUUUAUUUUGGGUGAUAAUGUACCUGAAGUUGCUGCAGACUUGCAGCGGUUCGGAAGCAGUUGGUCUUUGGCUUCAGUUGUAGAAGAUGUGAAAGAGUCCGAUUCUGUAGGGCACGAAGACAGACUUAUAUGCUUUCGAAUUAAGUCAUCAAAACCCAUAAAGAUAGAGAUGAAAGAGGGCAGGCGGAAAUCACUUUUUGUGGUGUUUCUGUUAAACUUGGCAACAAACACUAGAACAUGGAAGGUGUUACAUAUGUCCCGAAACUUGAACAUCAUCAAGGAAGUUCUGUGUGCCAACUCCAUGAUAAAGGAAAAUUGCGGUCUCUGCUCUGCACAACUUGACAGGAGUUGGGCUGGAAAAGUUGAUUCACAAUUAUUACUGGCUCUUAAUGAAUCUCAUAGAUCAGCGGUCUUGGAUACCAUAUCUGCAGUGCAGUGUAACCACAGUUCUUCUAUGAAACUUGUUUGGGGUCCAUCUGGGACAGGAAAAACCAAGACCAUCAGUAUACUACUGUAUAACUUGCAAAGUAUGAAUUAUAGAACUCUUGCUUGUGCCCCAAAAAAUAUUGCAGUUGCUGAACUUGCGGUACGUGUGUUAAAACUUCACAAAGAUGCUUGCGAAAGAACAGGCCAGGUUGUUCAUUAGGGGACUUUCUCUUGUUUGGAAAUAUGAAUAGAUUGGAGUUAUGUGAUGAUCUUGGGAAGAUUUAUGUGGAUCAUCGUGUGGAUAGUCUUGUCGAUUGUUUUGCUCCAUUAACAGGUUGGAAGAAACAUUUUGAUUCCAUGGUGGAUUUUCUUGAAGAUUGUGUAACUCGGUAUCAUUUGCUUUUGAAGCAUGAAGUAAUUACAGAGGUUCAUGUAAUGGAGAGAAGUGGAACUAAUUCUGAAGUCCACAUGUCACUUCUCAAGUUUGCGAGAGACCGAUUCAGAGCUAUAGUGGUACCCCUCAAAAGAAGCGUCAGAAUAUUAUGCACCCAUCUCCCUAAAAGACUUAUGUUGCCAGACAAUUUCGAAAAGAUGGUUACACUUUGUGGUUUGCUUGAUACUUUUGAAAAUCUGCUCUCUCAAACUCAGGUGGCUGACACAAGGGAGUAGAGCAUCUAAUUAUAUUUCAGACACAUUACACAAGAUGAGAGUUGAAAUUGUGCAGGUUCUAAGAUCUGUUGGUCGUUCUCUCGGUGAUCGCCUUCCAAGUUCCACAGACAGAAGUUUUUUAACUGAGUUCUGUCUGAAAAAUUCAUCCCUCAUUUUUUCCAGUGUCAAGCUCAUAUAAUCUGCAUGAGGUAGACCUGGGACCACUGGAUUUUUUGGUAAUCGAUGAAGCUGCCCGGUUGAAAGAGUGUGAAUCAGUGAUUCCCAUGCAGCUUGAAGCUAUACGACAUGCUAUCCUAAUUGGUGAUGAGUGCCAUCCACAAGCUAUGGUCAAAAGCAGGGUGUCUGACGAAGCUGGCUUUGGAAGAAGUCUAUUUGAAAGGUUGGGUUUGUUUGGGCAUUCAGAGGACCUUCUCAACAUGCAGUACAGAAUGCAUCCUGCAAUAAGCUCUUUCCCUAAUCGCAAAUUUUAUAAAGACCAGAUUAUAGAUGCUCCAAGUGUUCUUUGUGAAAAUUUUCAAAGAAAUUACCUACAAGGACCUAUGUUUGGUCCCUACUCGUUCAUAAAUAUUUCUUAUGGAAGGGAGGAUCCAGAUGAAGCUGGGCAUGGUUAAAAAAAUAUGGUUGAAGUGGCAGUUGUAAUGGCAAUAGUACGAAACCUUUAUAAAGCGUGGGAAGGCUCAAAGCAUAGCUUAACCGUUGGUAUUAUAUCUCCUUACGCUGCCCAAGUUGCUGAAAUAGAGCAUAAAGUUCGUCCGAAAUAUGAGAAGCUGAAGGGUUUUAUAGUCAAGGUGAUUUCUGCAGAUGGAUUCCAUGGUGGCGAGGAAGAUGUCAUAAUAAUAUCUACUGUCGGGUCUAAUCAUAGUGGGGGAUCAGAUGGGUUCCUUUCUAAUCCGCAAUGUGCUAAUGUUGCUCUGACACGGGCUAGGCACUGCCUUUGGAUUUUGGGGAAUGACAAAAAGUUGUGUAAAAUUGGUUCUUUCUGGGAAGAAUUAAUAUGUGAUGUGAAGCAGCGGCGAUGUUUUUUUAAUGCUGAUGAAGAUGAAGAGCUUGUGAAAGCUAUGAUCAAGGCCAACAAAGAGCUUGAUCAGUUAGAUAAUUUACUCAAUGAAGAUAGUAUGCUUUUCAAAAGUGCAUUGUGGAAGGUCCUGUUCAGCAAUAACUUUAGGAAGUCAUUUGGGAUGUUGAAGUCACCGCAAACACAAAAGUCUGUGGUUAAUCUAUUGGUUAAACUUUCCAAUGGCUGGCGUCCGAAGAAGGUUAAGGUUGAAGCUUUGUGUGCUAACUCAGUCCAGCUUGUAAAACAGUACAAGAUUGGAAGGCUUUACAUUGUUUCUAGCGUUGAUGUUGCAAAAUAUUCAUGUUACACCCAAGUUUUAAAGAUAUGGGAUAUUUUACCUCCCGAGGAGAUACCUAAACUAGUGAAGAGUCUGAACAAAAUAUUCUCCAUAUACACUGACGAGUACCUCAACCGCUGUAAGAUGGAACAAUUUGAAGGGGAUUUGAUAGUGCCAAUUACCUGGAGAAUAGAUGAUGAGACCGUUAAAUAUAAGAACACUAACAAUGGUGAGUUAGUAGACAGUUCAAGUGAAGGGUCAGACGGGAGAUGUUACAUUGAGAACUCAAAAGUGAGAGAUAGUCUGUUGCUUAUGAAGUUCUACUCCUUAUCAGCUGGUUUAGUGAACCAUUUGCUGUCGGGAAGUGAUGGAAAAGAGCUUGAUCUUCCUUUUGAAGUAACAUAUAAAGAGUCAGAUAUCAUUCUUUUCCCUAGAAGUACAUUCAUUCUUGGGAGGUCCGGAACAGGGAAAACCACUGUUUUGACAAUGAAAUUGUUCCAAAAGGAGCAGCAACACUACUUUUCUUCUAAAGGAUAUGUGGAAGCCGUGGGAGAUAUUUCUUUGAGUGCUCCAUCUGGGAGUGUGUGCAGAGGGGUUGGGAAUGAGACAAAAGGUAAUGUCUUACGGCAAUUGUUCGUCACAGUCAGCCCAAAACUAUGCUCUGCCGUUAAAAACCAAAUUUCUAACUUGAAAAGCUUUAUAAGCAAGGGCAAGGCCUCAGCAGAACACAGUUUCAUUGAGUUGCCUGAUGUCGAUGAUGCAGUUCAGUUUCGAGAUAUACCAGAUUCUCUUAAUUAAAUUCCACCUGAAAGUUAU